UGCAUCGUUUUAACAAAGGUCUAAGAAAGAGGACGAGCUGGAAGUGGGAUCAUAGGCCUGCUAACAUUAUUUCGUGUUUUAUAGGCUAUUUACAAUAAUACCUACAGCAUUUUUGCAGUAGAGAGUUUGGUUUGAAAUGUAGAUGUUUUGCGCAGCAGGACCACUAUGCCAAGCCCAAUACGUAAACGGUGGAUGUACUUUUUGUUGAUGAUUUUCUUCACGGAUGUCUCGUGCGGACAAAUUGUUUAUUCUGUUAAUGAAGAAACGGAUCCAGGGACCGCCGUCGGAAAUCUGGCUAAAGAUUUGAACAUCCCCAUAUAUGAACUGGAAUCGCGAAGGUUUAAGAUUGCAUCCGGCUCCAAUGAGAGGUAUUUCGCUGUGGAUCUUAAAACAGGGGUGCUGUACAUUAAAGAAAGAAUAGAUAGGGAAGCACAUUGUGCACGUAAUGUGAAAUGUUCGUUACAUCUAGAAGCGAUGGUGAAUUCACCUCCAGAUCUAUACCGUUUCGAAGUGAAUAUUUUAGACAUCAAUGACAAUGCCCCUUCUUUUCGUAUGCCAAGCCGUCACCUAAAUAUUUCUGAGUUUGCGUAUAUAGGGGAGCGUUUUAAUUUACCGAAGGCUAGUGACGCAGAUGUAGGAAAUAAUGGCGUAAAAAACUACAAACUGAGUCCAAAUGAGCACUUCAGUCUGGAGGUUCAGAGUGGAGGAGAGCAAAGUGUAUCAGCGGAAAUGGUCCUGCAGAAAGCUUUAGACAGAGAGAAACAGCCUGUAAUCCAUCUCGUAUUAACAGCUUUUGACGGAGGAAAACCUGCGAGGUCCGGAACAUUGCAGAUAAUUAUUAAUGUACUUGACGUCAAUGAUAACGUCCCUAUUUUUAAUAAAACACUGUACAAGGCCCGUAUUCCAGAGGACGCAGCAUUCGGAUCUUCCGUUAUUACGGUUACUGCUACGGAUCUGGAUGAGGGCCAAAACGGUGAAAUAAUUUACUCUUUUAUAAACGACGACCAAGAUAACAGUAUCAGUUUGUUUGCUAUCGAUCCGAAGAGCGGUGAGAUUGCUGUUAACGGGGUCUUGGAUUACGAAACAAACAGUGCGGUUGAAAUUCACGUACAAGCGCAAGACAAAGGACAAAACCCAAGAGCAGCCCACUGCAAGGUCCUCAUUGAAAUUAUUGAUGUGAAUGAUAACUAUCCGGAAAUCACCGUGACAUCGUUAAUUAAUACUGUAAAGGAGGACGCUGCACUCGGGACAAUGGUUGGCUUAAUAACUGUCAAAGACAACGAUGGGGGUAAGAACGGCGAAGUACACUGUAAAAUAACUGGCACUGCUGUUUUCAAACUGAAAUCGUCUUAUAAGGACUAUUACUCA